GCGCAGCCGAUGACCAGCACUAGCAGCUCUGCGGUGGCCGGUCGUUUCCCAAGUCCCGCCACAAAGGAGGACGAAUUCAGCUGCCUGCAAGAUCGUCAUGAUAAACUCUUAACGACGUGCAUGCGGUUGGAGGAAGAGCUUAGGCUUCUGAGGAAACACCACGACAAGAUGGGUGAUGGGAGGCACAGAGCGGAGGUAAGCGAGGCUGAUUCGGCUAGCGAGUCGUCGAGCUCACCACGGAGUGUACAUUCGAGUGAUCAAGGUGUAGAGCAGGACUCCUUUAAUGAGAACACUGGCAUAUUGAAAAGGUCUUCGUCAGAGCCGUCGUGUAGUGCUUCGGCUCUGUCCCCGUCCAGCCAUAGUCGUCGGGCUUCAUCGUUGGACCGUCCGAGGGGCUCCUCUAGUUUUUCUAGCAUCACUUCAGACUCUUCUGAUGAUAUUGAGGGACAGGAAAUAACAGAGGCUGUAAAGAAACUCCAUCAUUGCACUUGGCGAGCUCAACUGAAAGUUAGAAUAGAGCAGCUGGAGCGGCUCUCCAAGCAGCUUGACGAUACUUACAACACGAGUUUGAACCUGGGCGAUCAGCUGCGACAACAGUCCGAACAAAUGCUACAGUUGCAACAACGCAACGACGAGCUCGAGAGAUCAGAGAAGAAAUGGCAGAAACUUUCUGAUAAGGCACAAACUCAGCUGAAUGCAUGCUUGACAACUUUAGCGCAGCAGUCGACCGAACUGGAGCGGCUGGCUGAGAAGGGUUCAGAUCAUCAUCGGCUGACACGUACAGCAGCAGCUUGGAAUGCAAAAACUGCGAAUUUCAGGAAGGAGGUUGAAAGCAUCCAAUUGGCAAUAGAAGACAUGAGGUUGGACUUAUCUGCCGAAUCGCUUUGAACCAUACCAUUCUAACAUU